AUGGCAAGCCCCAUUCCAUUGUGCGAUAACGCAACAACCUUCGUCGGAGCAAAACGAGAGCUAAAAGAGCUGCAUCGAGUCUUCUACGACCAGAAGAUCCAAGAGAAACUCAUCAAGCACAUCAGCUCCGACGGCAUCGAAUUCCGAUUCAUCCCUCCCCGUACGCUAAACUUCGGUGGUCUCUGGGAGGCGCAGGUCAAGUCAUUUAAGGAACACUUCAAGAAGGCUGUCGGAACAAAGGUGUUGAAGGUGGACGAACCGUUGACUGCACUGGGGCAAAUCGAAGCGGUCCUCAAUUCACAUCCGCUAACCCCAAUAAGUAGUGAUUCCUGUGAUUUCGUGGCUUAA